CCAUGGCAAGCUCACAGCAGCCUCAAACUCCUGGAUCCAAGUAAUUCUCUUGCCUCAGCCUCCCAAGUACUUGGGACUACAGACACCUGCCACAACUAAUUUUAGUAGUGGCAGGCUGGUUCAGGCUGGUCUUGAACUCCUGGGCUUAAGCAGUCCACCUGCCCUGGCCUCCCAGAGUGCUAGCUAGGAUAAUAGGCAUGAGUCACUGUGCCCAGCCUAUCAGGACGUUUUUGACCAUCUGUAAUAGGCUUUCUCUGCCAUGGGCAUUAAGCACACUUGAGUUUUUUAUUUUUAUUUUUAUUUAUUUUUUGAGACAGAGUCUCACUUUUUCACCCUUGGUAGAGUGUGGUGGUGUCAUAGCUCACAGCAACCUCAAACUCUUGGGCUCAAGUGAUUCUCUUGCCUCAGCCUCCAGAGUAGCUGGGACUACAGGUGCAGGCCACAAGGCCGAGCUCUUUUUAGAGACUGGAGUCUUGCUCUGGCUCAGCUGGUCUCAAACCCCUGAGCUCAAGCAUUCCACCCGCCUUGGCCUCCCAGAGUGCUAGGAUUACAGGCCUGAGCCACCUCGCCCACACCUGAGUUUAGUUCCUGCUUGACUCCUUGCUAGUGAUGAUCUUAGGCCAGGCCCUAUGCUUAUCAGAUCCCCAGUUUAACAUCUGCUUCUUGGCCUUAUUGUAGAGGCAGGAAUAAAUAACUGGAAGAGCAGGACUAUUGUAGGAGUGAGAAUAUGUGCCAGGGAGUGUAGAAUUAAGCCCCUGGGAACAUGGCAAGAGCCUUGACUGUAGGAGGUAUUAUUUUGCUGUUUCUCUUUGUGCUACAUUUUCUUUUUGUCUAUAGUAGUUAUUAUCACUUUACUUUUACGAUCACUUCACAUGUUUAUUAUGCUUAUUGUUUAUUGUCCGUCUCUGUCCACUACAGAGUGAGCUCCACGGAGGCGGCGAUCUUUGUCCUCAUUGGUCCAAACAGCGCCUGACACGUAGUGGGUGCUCAAUAAAUGUUUGUGGGAUGAAUGAAUGAAUGGAAUCCACAGGAAUAAUCUGCACAGCAGUGUUAGUAGAGACUAUUCAGCCAGAGGGAGAGGUAUACCGAGGGGUCCCAUUGGCGGGGCACACCUCACCCCCUCCGCCUGCAGCGACUCCACCCCACCUGCCUGGGCCUUCCCAAGUCUGUUCACCCUGUUAAACUGGGAGCGCCAAGAGGUCAGGGGCUUCAACCUGAGUGCCUGGCUCCUUUGCGAACGGGACGGGUAGCCCACUGCGUAAACUAAUGGUGAAGAGUGCCCGGAAUUAUUGACCCAUUUUCAUAGACGCGGCAACUGAGGUGAGGAAGUGCGGUGAUCUCUCUGCAAGUGGGCAGAGGCCCCCAUUAGGGGGGCCCAUUAGGGGCAGGUCACAGCCCCAUUUUCUGAGUUCUGCCUGCGGCACCCCGGCGUAUAGGUUGCAGAGUAGUAUAUGGGGAUGUGUGUUGGGGUGCUGCCAUAGGCCAGGAGGCUGUCCGGAGCAGCUGGGGCGCUCGCAUCUUCGGAUCCCAGGCCCGCGGUACCCAGCCCCCGCCCGCCUCUGGGGUCCGGGCUCCACUCUCCCCGCCCACCACGGGGCGGGGCGCACGCUCCGCUGCGCGGGGACCGUGCGCUUCUCUCACCACCCGCCUGCUCCUCCGGGCUCGGGAGUCCCCGAUCCGCAGCCGCCUCUGCCCCUUCCAGCCCCGCGGCACUCGCCGCAGUCGCAGGCAGCGGAGCAGCGGCACCGCACCAGGUACCGAGCGCGGGCGGGAGGCGGGCCAGCGACCCGGCGGCAGGGUGCGGAGGGGGCACGGGCGCGGCUGCUGCCCUCCUCUCCCAGUGGGGCCUGGCCGGCCGGCAUCUUCCCGCGCCCCACAGGGGUCGGGUGCGCCGGAUCUCAGGGAGUCUCUGCCGGCUGAGAUCUGCUUUCCCCACCCGGGGCUCUGCCCGGGCCGCUAGGCCCCCGCCCUACUACCCCAAGCGCUAGCUCCCGACCUAGCGCCUCCGCACGCCCACAGCAACCUGGAGCCUGCCCCGCGGGAGAGCGCCCACUGGCCCCUGCGCCCACCUCCCCCGACUCUGCCCAGCCAGGCGUCUCUUCCCCAUCCCGAGGGCCACCCCCACUCUCGACCUCCUCCCACCACCCCCGCCCACUUUAGGACACUCUGGUCAUCAGGUGCCCCUCCCCAUCCCGAGGGCCACCCCCACUCUCGACCUCCUCCCACCACCCCCGCCCACUUCAGGACACUCUGGUCAUCAGGCGCCCCUCCCUAAGCUGCCCGCUCGUUUGCCAGGUGUCCCUGGCCCACCCCCCGAGGGCGCACAUAUAGCUCCUCUUGGUCUCCUCCGGCAGCUGCUCCUGGACCUAACACCCCACCCUUAUCUUUUCACCUUCCCCCCGGGGGAGGGACGCGAUCUGCUGUCAUCAACGGUGCCCCCGGUCUCUGCUCUGCUAGGCCCCUCACUUGUCUUCAGACCACUCCAUUACGCCCUCGCCCUCCAUCCCCGGUCCCCAUGGUCCCAGAGCCGUGGCCCGCCAACAGCAGCACCCCGGCCUGGGGGUCAGGGCAGCCGUCAGCCCCGGGGGGCAGCGGCUGGGUGGCGGCGGGGCUGUGCGUGGUCAUCGCGCUGACGGCGGCGGCCAACUCGCUGCUCAUCGCGCUCAUCUGCACGCAGCCGGCGCUGCGCAACACGUCCAACUUCUUCCUGGUGUCGCUGUUCACGUCGGACCUGAUGGUGGGACUGGUGGUGAUGCCCCCGGCCAUGCUGAACGCGCUGUACGGGCGCUGGGUGCUGGCGCGCAGCCUUUGCCUGCUCUGGACGGCCUUCGACGUGAUGUGCUGCAGCGCCUCUAUCCUCAACCUCUGCCUCAUCAGUCUGGACCGCUACCUGCUGAUCCUGUCGCCACUGCGCUACAAGCUGCGCAUGACGCCACCGCGCGCCCUGGCGCUGGUCCUGGGCGCCUGGAGCCUUGCUGCGCUCGCCUCCUUCUUGCCCCUGCUCCUGGGCUGGCAUGAACUGGGCCACACCCGGCAGCCUGACCCGGGCCAGUGCCGCCUGCUGGCCAGCCUGCCCUUCGUCCUCGUGGCGUCUGGCCUCACCUUCUUCCUCCCCUCGGGUGCCAUCUGCUUCACCUACUGCAGGAUCCUGCUGGCCGCCCGCAAGCAGGCGGUGCAGGUGGCCUCCCUCCCCACCGGCAUGGCCAGCCAGGCCUUGGAGACGCUGCAGGUGCCCAGGACCCCACGCCCGGGGGUGGAGUCAGCUGACAGCAGGCGUCUGGCCACCAAGCACAGCAGGAAGGCCUUGAAGGCCAGCCUGACCCUGGGCAUCCUGCUGGGAAUGUUUUUUGUGACCUGGCUGCCCUUCUUUGUGGCCAACAUAGCCCAGGCCGUGUGCGACUGCAUCUCCCCAGGCCUCUUUGAUGUCCUCACAUGGCUGGGUUACUGUAACAGCACCAUGAACCCCAUCAUCUACCCACUCUUCAUGCGGGACUUCAAGCGGGCCCUGAGCAAGUUCCUGCCAUGUCCCCGCUGUCCCUGGGAGCACCGGGCCAGCCUUGCCUCCCCGUCCUUGCGUACCUCUCACAGUGGUGCUCGGCCGGGCCUGAGUCUGCAGCACGUGCUGCCCCUGCCCCUGCCACCAGAGUCGGACUCAGGCUCAGGUGGCUCCUCAGGCCUGCAGCUCACCACUCAGCUGCUGCUUCCUGGGGAGGUCACCCGGGACCCCCAGCUGCCGCCUCCCAGACCUGCUGCUGCAGUUAACUUCUUCAACAUCAACCCUGUAGAGCCCGAGCUGCGGCUGCAUCCACUUGGCUCCCCCACGAACUAACCAGUGGAGAGCUGGAUGGGAAGGAAACAAGUUCUGGGGACCUCGGGACAGCUCUCAGCGCAGAGCAGGAGGCUGCGGGUCUCUCUGAGCCUUGUGGGGCACACAAAGCCAGCCCCGAUUGCCCACACCGCUGGCCCCUUCCCUGGAGGAUGACAGCUGACUCAGACACAGCUUCUGCAGGCUGCUCUGUUAUUGAAUGUAACUUUUGUGUAUAGAGGAUGGUUUAGAGGACUCAGUGUUGGGGAGAAGGACCAUCUUGCUUCAAUCAUGUCCUUUUGCCCAAUCUAUCAGGCCAGAUAGGAGGGAAUGUCUCCAUUGGCAGACGUGGAUUAGUGCUUGAUGAACCCCUCACCACCCCAAGUGUAGUCAAUGGGCCAUCAUUGUCAUCACCACCGCCUGGGAGUUUGUGAACUGCACGUCUCUGCCCCAUCCACAUCUGAUGCUUCAGAAUUGCACGUUAACAAGAUGCCUGGAUGAAUCGUGUGCACAUUAGGGUUUGAGGUGUGCUGGCCUGGAUGAUCUUCUGCCCUGAGAUUGAUCUGCUGGACAGUUUUUGGACAUGCCAGCUGCUCAGGAUGUAAGUGGCAGAACAGAAAGUCACCUGAGCCAGGGAGCCAGCAGGCAAGCAUUUGCAUCUCUGCUUUCCCCGUCGCUGGCUCUCCGAGUCUCAGCUCUCCUGUGUGUAACGUGGGGUCACGAUGCUACCUCAUAGGACUGUCUUGAGAAUGAAGACCAUGUGGACAGAGUGCUCAGUGCCCAGCAGAUGGUCAGCAAGUGCUGUGUUCUGUUGCUUCAAUCCCUGGCUGCCCAGGCCUCUGGUUAUCAGGCAGGAAUUGCUGUUCCCACUGUUUCUUUCCCAUUCCCCCCUCUUCUUCAGCCCCAUCCCAGGCUCCCCCAGCCUGACGCUGGUUCCCCACCUCCUUGUUCUGGAUGCUGGGCAGGGCCCCCAGCUCUCAGGGACCUUCCCAGCUCCCACGCUGCUGCACUGUCUCUCCUGGGGGCAGAGGGGCAGAUGGCAGUUUUUUUUUUUUCAACCUCAGAGAUGGGGUUUCUUCUACCCUGGGCUUCCUUGGACCUAGAAGGGAACAGCUAGGAUAAACCCAACUCCUGGCCCACUCCUGUUGGCCUUCCCAACAGUGAGAGAAAAGGGAAAGGUGACCACUGACUUGAAGAGGACCUGUCCCUGGUGGUGGGCUGGGGCCACCAGGCAGGUGCGUGUACUCUCACACAGGAGCCUUGUUUGGGAGGGGCAGGGCAUGGGGGAAUUCGUCCUCACAGUGUACCUGCCAUAGGUCCCUUACUAGCUGGAAGGUGUUUUUUUUUUGUUUUUUUUUUUUUUAAUUAAAGCUUCCUGUCCUUCAAGUUCCAACACAAACUCCCAGGGGGUCCUCCACGCAUGGCCUGGCGCUCUCCUUGGUGCUGACUAGAUUCAACUCGGGCCCUGGCUGCUGUUUGCAGAGGGGCCAUGGUGCUUGCUGGGGCUUCCCCUGUCCCCAAGACCACCUGAGGGGACUCUCAAUAAACACUAGCUGAUGGCUGCAGCUGUGGUGUGGACUAGAUCCAAUUGCGGGGCUGCUGGGUGAUAGAGAAGCAGCUGGCGCAGUGGGAAGAGACCUGGGCAUUGGUGUCCUGGGUUCUGGUCCAGACUCUGCACCUAACUUGCUUUGGUUCUCCAAGAAAAACAUCUCCCCUUUCAGAGCCUCAGUUUUGAAUCCCAUGAGCCAUUUGGAUUAACAGCAACAGGAGUUGUAUAAACAUUUGUUGAAUGAACAAACAAAUGCACAUAUGCCUUAGCAGAUCCAGCUCCUACAUUCCACGACUGAUCUCUCCUGCCCUUUCCCCACCUCCCCCACAGCUUUGCCAAUAUUGCCUCUGCCUGGGCCUUGGUUUCCCCAUUUGCACGAUGGGGGAGCAUUAUCUCUGGCCCUGUCAUUCAGGGACAGCUGGAGGAGCAGAGGGAGGUUCCCAUCGAUGCAGAUAUGGUGGCUAAGGAGUUGAGCUCCAAAGUCCAGCUAACUGCGAUCUGAAACUUGGCCCCAUCAAUGAUCAGUGGUAUGACCUCCAGCAGGUCACCUGACCUCUCUGAACCUCUUCCCCUGAGCACAAAAUGCAGAUUAUAAUGGUACCUACUUCAUAGGGUUUUGGUGAAGGUCAACUGAGACAAUCCAUGUGAGCACUUGGCACAUGGUGAAUAUGAAGAAGUCGUCACCAUCAUUAUAAUUUAUUGUUGUUAUUGUCCGUUUCUGCUAUAAGAAAUCCUUUCCCUGGGUAAUUCACAUUUGUCAGCAGGCCCAGUUCCCAGCCAUGCUGAGUGCUGAUUUAGCAUUUAGUCACCAUACUUUGACCGUCGUAUCCAUGGCCACCAUGCUGCACAAGCGGGGUGCCACGCCCUUGUGUCUCCAUGACUGAUGUCCUGGAGUUGUGCAGUGCACAGCCUGCACCCCCAUCCGGGGAAGACCCAUUCAGAUUUCCUAAGAGCAGCAGGAAUAAGUUGUCCCCUUGGCACCUGCACCAGUUGGCGGUGCCUGUGGGCUGGUGGGGAGCCCUGGGGUGUGGACCGAAGGAAGGCAUACACCAAGCUUUACUGCAGCCAGGGGAGAGGCAGCAGGGGAGCCUCAGGCUCUAGACAGCUCUCUGGACCUUC